AUGCGCGUGAGCGAUGUGCUCGUGAGCGAGGAACUGGGACGGAGGUACCAGGUCAUGGAUGCGGUUGGCCAGGGGACCUUUGGGCAGGUCGUCAAGUGCUGGUCCCAAGACACCCAGUCCGUUGUUGCCGUCAAGGUGAUAAAGAACCAGGAGGCGUAUUACCACCAGGCACGGGUGGAAGUGGGCAUUCUGCGGCUGCUGAAUGAGCGCUACGACACUGAACGCCACAAUAUUGUCCAACUGCUGGACUUUUUUCGGUUCCGCAACCACUUGUGCCUGGUGUUUGAGCUCCUGGACACGAACUUGUAUGAGCUCCUCAAAAGAAACGGGUACCGCGGACUGUCGCUGCAGCUCGUGAGGUUCUUCCUGAAGCAGAUGCUUGACAGUCUCGCGACGCUGAGGGACGAGAGGAUCAUCCACUGUGACCUAAAACCCGAGAACGUGCUUCUGAGGGACCAGACUUCUGGCAGAAUCAAAAUCAUCGACUUUGGCUCUGCUUGCCUGGAAUACAAAACAGUGUAUUCAUACAUUCAGAGCCGCUUCUACAGAUCACCUGAGGUUGUGCUGGGAUAUCCCUACACCACUGCUAUAGAUAUGUGGUCACUUGGCUGUGUUGCGGCUGAGCUCUUUCUAGGCUUGCCGUUAUUCCCUGCUGCCUCAGAACGGGAUCUGCUGGCUCGGCUGACCGAGAUGCUGGGACCUCCACCUGAGGCAAUGCUGAAAGCAGCAAAGCAUUGCAAGACAUACUUCAAGGAGGUGGAGGUGGUUGUGGAUGGACAGGGAAGGAUGCAACACGAUUUGCUGUCUAAAGAAGAGUUUGAGGCAAGGAACGAUGCCAAGAGCCCAUCUGGCAAGCGGUAUUUCAAGCAUUCGAAGCUGGCAGACAUCAUUGGUGCUUACCCAAUGAAGUCGGGGCUCAGCGAUGAGGAUGUGCUGAAGGAAAAGGGAUACAGGGAGUGCUUCGUGGAUUUUCUGCUGGGCAUUCUGGAGGUGGAUGCGCAUGCUCGCUGGACACCCCACCAGGCUGCUUUGCACCCCUUCAUAUCUGGCGACCCCUUCACCGGCCCCUUUCAGCCACCGCCUGCCCCAGACUCAACGUCGCGUACUCAUCCAGUAGGCAUCCAAGACCCAAAAGUGGUACGAGGCCACUCCUACAGCUGGCAUGCUGAUGCCUUUCAGGCUCUUCCGACAACACCACGCUGUUUCCCAUCUGCUGCCCAUGCCCGUGCACAUGCACAGGCCCAUGCACAUGCACAGGCCCACGCCAUAGCCAUGGCUGCUGUGCAGCAACUCAGCCCCAAGAUGAGCCCUCAUUGUGCAACCAACAAUCAUUUUGGCUCUGGCAAUGCAGCCGAGAGCCUUGGUAUGCUGCCUUCCACACCAGAUGAUAUUAUGCUGUCCUCAACCGUCCAAGCAGCUGGGACAGAAGGCACAGAGGCAGGCAACAGGGCUGGGCAGGGGGCCCCAAGGAAGCGAGCAGCUCAGCCACCUGUGCUGGCGUGCCUUCCCCCACGACAGCUGAGCGCCAUUUUGACAGGGCAUGGUCUGAGCCCACGCACAUUUGGGGCACCUCCCUUUGUGCAGUCCAUGCCUAACAGCCAGGUGAGCCCAAUGUACCUGAACAGAAUUGCAGCAGUGGCGGGGGCGGCAGCUGCUGCUGCAGAGGAAAAUGUGAGACAGCAACUUGACUCUCUGACGGGGUUGGGGGCCAUGAUGGCUGACCCUUCUGCAGACAAGCCUCCCCCUCAUCCGGCCCCGCAGGUGCUUGUACCAGACUUGAGCCCAAGAAUAGUUGGCUUUCAGUUGCCAGAUGCACAUCGCAAAGCAUCUUAUAUGGGUGAACUUUCGAUGAGUCAGCCAGGUUGCCACCAACAGAGCGAGGAGACCUCUCCACUGACCCUUGACAGUGCACAAACAAGCUCCUUGGUGCAGUUGAAGAUGCCCAUCAAGCUAGGGGAAGACAGUGGAGAGUGGGAUUGUGGUGAAUGCCAGACAGCAAGGGUACUUGAUGAAGACGAUGGAACAACAGUGGAAGAGUACAGCCCCAGUCCAGGGGACUGGGAUCCUAACUUUAGCGACAAUGAAUUCCUACAUUCACCUGAAAAGGAGGGAAUCUCGGACUGGGACGUGGAUCAGGCUGGCCCCAUGCCCUCUGGUCCCAUACCUCUCCCAGAUGCCCAGCAGUACCUCAUUGGCAGUGCACAGCUUGAAUCGCCAGUGUUCUCUCAGCAACUUGCAGGAAACACCAGUCAUCAAUAUAAGGGAAUGGCUGCUGCUGAUGAGGUAUAUGCUGGGAGUGGUGCUGGGGGUGGCCGUUCAAAACGUGGCAAGUCGUCUGGUGCAGUGCUCAGCAGUACACAUGAUCCCUUGUUGCAGGGCCUAGCCUCACAGCGCUUUCGAUUUGCAACAAAUGAAGGUCUUCCAUUUCUGACCAGCACAACAGCCAGUCCAAGAACACCUUCCUAUGACCCUGGUCAGGUGCCACCCCCAAGGCAGCCCCCUGGCCAGCUUGCUGGAUCUCAGUUGUCGCGGCUCAGUGAGAGCAAUGAUAGAGUGCAAGAUGCCAGAAAUGGCUCUUUCCAGCCAGAUCAGAGCAAUGCCAAGGGCGUUUGGAUAGGAAGUCCAGAGAUGAGUGCAGCCCAAUGUGUCAAUACUCCUUGCAGUAGCCAGGGAGACCAUACAUUUCCCGGUGGGACCCAAAGGCACAGCAGCUCUCAUUUUGCUGGGAGUUUGGGAGGAUGUCAUGUGGCUUGGCAGCCAGAGCACAGGCAGGGCCAGGUUCACAGACCUGCCCCUUUGCACACAACUGGACGGGCUGGGCACAGCAGCCACACCUGGGGAGCUUAUUCCAGCGCUUUGGGACUAGAUGAGCCCCAGUGCCCAGCUGUUGGGCAUGAGGGAGUCCACAGCAACAUGUCAAUGAGGGCAGGUCUGGGAGGGCAGCAGCGCUGGCGCCAUGCAGAUUCUCCAUCCACAAGACACAGAGCUAAUAGCGACAGUUUCAACAGGCCACCCCAUACGGAUCCUGCGAAUGGGAAAAGCCGAUCCAUGGAUUGCAGCACUGGACAGCAGCGGCCACCGCUGAAUUUUGCUGGGGUGCAAGGGAACUGGUUGCACGCACAACAACGCCAAAGAACAUGUGGUGGUGAUGACAACCCAGCGCGCAGACAGAGAUUUGCAGAGAUGCACAGGGGAAUUAACCAUUGGGAGCAGUUGGCCCAGGAAAGGGCACAGGGGACUAAGCAACCCGGCGCUGGGGCUCACAGAAGCCUGCCAAAAGUGCGUACAGGCCGCCGUUCCCUGGGUUCAGCACAAUUGGACCAACUGACACCUAAACAUAGUGCAUCGCUGCAUACUUGCCAACAGUUGGGUGGCCAGAUCCUUGCAGAAGAUGUCAGGGCAAGUCAGGCUGACUUAAGCAUAUUGCACAACGCUCAUGGUGAGGAAAAUCAAGCUGGGGGCAGGCUCAGUGAUGCAAGUUUUUCGUUUCAGCGCCAGCCAGGUUUGACAUAG